AUGUCACGCUGCUCCGCCGCCUUCUUCGUACCCUCGGACAUCCAUCAGCGAAGCUUCAUCGAACUCUACCGCAUGCAGGUUCCCACCUUCAUGCCGGCCGUGGAGUGGCUGCUCCGUUGGCCGCUCUCCGCUCCCUUUGGUGCCUUCAGCUACCCAGGGGAGUUGCCGGACGAGGCGAAGUGGGCGAGCCGACGAGUGCCCAACCUUGGCCCUCGAGCUUCGACGUGCAGACCGAAAGCCCGAGGACCUUGUUCUAUUGGUAUCAGCUGUCGGACUAUGCCAACUUCCCACAUGUGGGUCAAUGCAGGUCGAUUCCCGAUGUGCUCUACCAGAUUUCCAGCACCGACUUGCCAGAAGUGGCUCAGCAGAUGCGAAGCCACUACGCGCUCCUCUCCCGUAGCGUGA